AUGAAAACUAUUUACCUUCUACCGGCCCUUUGCGCUGCUCCCGGCCUUUCAUUCCGGGUCGACAUACAAUGGGGAACCUCCAACCCCCUCACUCAAGACCUUCGUUCCUUCCAACCCGAGUCUGAACUCUGGAACAAAACAGUCCCACGUUUCCAAGAAUCUUUCACCAUAGAUACAGACCGCACCCAUAACCGCAUGGAAAAGGCAUGUAAAGAAAUAACGCAACCAUACACUCAAGUCAAGGACCGUGAAAAUCGCGACUAUCUCCGUCGCCAUGAAUACGUCAAAGCCGUCCGCAUAUCUCAGACUCCCCAAAUACACCCUCCUAACCAAGAAAUCCCACCCUUCAAGCACCCAUACGAACGAUCAGUUCGUGGAAUCGCAUUCUUUGGAAAUGGAAACUGUAAGGGCGAGCCAAAACUUAUUAUUUGGCCCAAACAAGCAGCAGAUAUGAACUAUCCUACCGCAAGACGUUAUGAAAUCCUACGGUCCCCAACCGAAGUCGAAAACUUUUAUGCUAAAUGGGCGCAAACCUUCGAGUUUUCGGAUUUCGACGUGAAGAAGGAUCCAAAUUCUCACUAUAAUGUUGCAAGGCCGCAAUUAGAGUAUCUAAGAGAUCCAACAGAUCAGAAAAAGGUUGACGAGCAGCUUGAGAAGUACCCCGAAAAUCCCUGGUUGAAGAAAGGCACUCUCGGAAGCCCAAUAGGAUCACCAUAUCAUCAACCUUUUGGGAGUUUCAGGGAGAUAUUUCCAACCAGAUCUGAUAGAAUUUGGAGGCAGAUCGUUAGUCCAACGGGAGGUGAUACCUCUUACUGGAAUAUUCCCAUGAUCAAUGUCCAACUCGACCAUCGAAAUACAAAUGGUCAGCAAAAGGAUAAUUUCUUUCGAAGUUUCGUGCCUUACGGGUUAUUGGACAGUACAUGGGCCGCAGUGUUCGAACUCAUCGAGCAGGAAUAUGCUAGAUUCUAUCGGCUAAUGGUUGAUCUUUUGGGCGUUCCUGGGAAGUCACCUGUUAAAAGGAUCAGAUGGAGCCCAAAGCGACAAGCGGCGGCUCUAAAGACUUUAGCGUCGGUGUCUGACCCCCGGGCACCAUUUUAUACAGAGACAAUAAGAUCUCUUGAGCAAGCGCUAGACGCUAGUCCAUUAAGCAAACUUCGGAAUUUCGAGGUAUAUACGACGUCUCCUAAUCUACCCGAUCCGAGGGAAUGGACGUUACCACCAUCAUGGGAAGGAGUCCCCGUUUGGAAUGCUUCAGCAGGAAGGAUGGUGAAGAAUCCGAAGACAGGGAAAAUGGAGCGGUCUGGGGCGUAUGAAAAAGAACCCAACCCGAACAGAAUCAUAUAUAGCAGCGUACAACUGGAAUGGUUAGGAGAGGGACGAUUCAAAUUUACGACAGUGCCUGUGGUUAGUGAUCCGACAGCCGCGAUAGUGAAGGAAGCUGCCGUAGAAGAAUUAUCCUCUAUCGAAGAGGAGGCCGCUAUUGAACAGUUACCCUUAAUCAAAGAACCUCUCAAUCCCGCUGUCGAAAAUAUACUCAAGAUUGAAGAGCCACCCAUUAAAAUCAAUACCGGAGCCGAUUUACGAACUGCUUCAGGAAUAGAAGAGGAGAAGAAAAUCGAGGUGUCGCAAAUCGUAGAAGGACAAGAGAUCUCAUCGCCUCUACUAUCACCCGCAGGAGGCGCCGGGCGGGGUGGAUUCGCUUUCCCUCAGCAGGCAAUACCAAUCAGCGACAGUAUUUCAGAUGCGGGUACGGCUGGCUCAUUGUCUGAACUUGCUUCGUCGAUUGUCAAUGACGCCAAUAGAAUUGACCUAGAUGAAAGUUACGAGAUUAUUGCCCCAGAUGUCGAUAUAGGGAGAGGGAAAGGCCAACAAAAUCAAAAUCUUCAGCAAAGCAUAGUCACCCGGCCACGGUCGAGAGGCGUUAGUGGCGAACGACCACAGCUGCAGAUUGAAUCUCUAAAAGAGAGUAAGAUUUUAUACAGGCCACAGGAUGACCCAUUAGUUCAAAGCAAAGGCUCAAUGCGACAAUCUCGCGGUGGCCGUAUAUCAGCUCCAAAUUCGAUAGAAGUGCUGAAGGAAAGUGUAGUAAGCUACCGACCACCUCCUGCACAAAACCUCAGAGAAAACAUAUUGAGGGCGAGUCAACACCCAAGUGCGAAUGGAGACAUUGUGGUCCCUGUAGGAAACGACCUAUCAGAAAGUAUCGUAAUUAACUCAAAGCAACGGCGAGGUCAAAACAUGGUGGCUGCAGCCGCUGGCGCUCUUUCAAAGAGCAGCGGAACGGGUAAGAAAGGAGAGUGCAUACCUAGGCCUAAUGAGCAGCGUGUGGCUGCAGGUGUCUGCAGCGCUUUGGUUUGCUGUUUAACAUCAAAAACACAGCUCAAAUUACCUACUAAGUAG